AUGGGUGUCCCAUUCGAAGCCCUGCUUCCCUACGUAGUCUGCUUGGGCAUGUUCGGCUUCUCCGGUGCCGCCCUCUCCAAGAUCAGACACAUGCAGAAUGGCGGAAAGAGGGCGAGACACUCGAUUGAUCAGUGGGAUAGGCAGAUGAUGGACAGAGACAGGAGGCUCACAGGCUUUCUCCGAGGGCAGACAGACAACCCGCAAGCGCCGGCUGGCUUCGAGCUCAGCAAUCCCUGGAGGCUUGAGAGAGCAAUCUGCUGA